AUGCGGAUUUUUGAUCGUCCCGAAGGUGUCAGAGCUCCGGAGCCUGCUCAGCCGUACUCCAGCAGCGACAUCGUCCAUCCCAUCAAGGUUGAUGAGAGCGGGUCCUUCCUCUCCUACGAUCUGUCCCACCGAGCGCUUCACCGAAGGUCUCCUUCCCCCAGGAGCAAGUCUCUCGCCUUCUAUGAGCUGCAUUACAAAGGACAACCCCUAAAAUUUAACCUGAGCCUUAAUAACAAUCUCCUGGCCCCCGGGUUCGUCAGCGAGAGGCGAUACGGGGGGAUCGCUACCGCCAAGAUCCAGUCCCACGCCUACAACUCCUGCCAUAUGAUCGGGGAGGUUCGGAGCCGGGCGCUGCCGGGGGGUCUGGCUGCGCUCAGCACCUGUGACGGCCUGAAAGGCGUAUUUCAGCUCAUGAACGAGGACUAUUUCAUUGAGCCAGUGUCCACCAGCUUUCGGGAGGAUGGAGCAGCGCAGCCCCACAGGAUAUACAAGCGCCAGGCGCCUGAGCAUGCGUCAGAGCAAGGCAGGAGGCCACCAGCUCCACGGGAGACCUGUGCCGUGCAAGAAACUCAGGAAAGCCUGGAGAGGUCUGAGAAGCGGAGGGAGCGAUGGGAACAGAAGCAGCACAGGAAGAGAAGAAUAAGGCAGCGCUCCAUCAGCAGGGAGAAGUGGGUGGAAACGCUAGUGGUGGCAGACACCAAGAUGAUCGAAUACCACGGGAGCGAGAACAUAGAGAAGUAUGUGCUGACCGUGAUGAACAUGGUGGCUGGUCUGUUCCACCAUGCCAGCAUCGGGAACCCCAUCAACAUUGCGAUAGUGCGACUCAUCCUGCUGGAAGAAGAAGAGGAGGAUCUGAAAAUCUCCCACCAUGCAGACAACACCUUGAAAAGCUUUUGCAAAUGGCAGAAGAGCAUCAACGUUAAAGGAGAUUCCCAUCCCCUGCACCACGAUGUUGCAGUCCUGCUCACAAGGAAGGACAUCUGCGCAGCGAUGAACAGACCCUGCGAGACCCUGGGUCUGUCCCACGUGGCGGGGAUGUGCCAGCCCCACCGCAGCUGCAACAUCAAUGAGGACACGGGACUGCCCCUGGCCUUCACCGUGGCCCACGAGCUCGGACACAGUUUUGGGAUUCAGCAUGAUGGAAGCAGCAAUGACUGUGAGCCAGUUGGGAAAAGACCUUUCAUCAUGUCUCCACAGCUCCUGUAUGACACGUCCCCACUCACCUGGUCCCGCUGCAGCCGGGAGUACAUCACACGAUUCCUCGACCGGGGUUGGGGGCUGUGUCUGGAUGACCCCCCUGCCCGGGAGGUGCUGGACUACCCCUUGGUGCCCCCGGGCGUCCUCUACGACGUGGGCCACCAGUGCCGGCUGCAGUACGGCGCCUACUCCACCUUCUGCGACGACAUGGACAGUGUCUGCAACACGCUGUGGUGCACAGUAGGGAACACGUGCCACUCCAAGCUGGAUGCUGCUGUUGACGGCACAGCCUGCGGGGAGAACAAGUGGUGCUUCAACGGCGAGUGCGUGCCCGUGGGUUACCGUCCCAGUGCCAUCGACGGCAGCUGGGGCUCCUGGAGCUCGUGGGCCUCCUGCUCCCGCAGCUGCGGUGCGGGUGUGCAGAGUGCGGAGAGGCAGUGCAGCAACCCCACGCCGAAGUAUGGGGGCAGGUACUGCCUGGGGGAGCGGAAGCGGUUCCGGAUUUGCAACGUGAGGCCGUGUCCCCGUGACAAGCCCUCCUUCCGCCAGGUCCAGUGCAGCCAGUUCAACCCCAUGCUCUACAAAGGGAAACUCUACAAGUGGACACCGGUGCCCAACAACAUUAAUCCCUGCGAGCUGCACUGCCGGCCAGAGGAUGAAUACUUUGCAGAAAAGCUGCGGGAUGCCGUCAUUGACGGGACGCCAUGCUACGAGAUGAACGCCAGCCGUGACAUGUGCAUCAACGGCAUCUGCAAGAACGUGGGCUGCGACUACGAGAUCGACUCCAACGCAGUGGAGGACCGGUGUGGCGUCUGCCAUGGGGACGGCUCCACCUGCCACACUGUCAGGAAGACCUUCGAGGACAGCGAGGGGCUGGGUUAUGUCGAUAUCGGGAUUAUCCCUGUGGGAGCCCGGGAGAUCCGGAUUGAAGAAGUUGCAGAAGCUGGGAAUUUUCUGGCGCUACGGAGCGAGGACCCGGAGAAGUAUUUCCUGAACGGUGGCUGGACCAUCCAGUGGAAUGGGGACUACAGGGUGGCAGGGACCACCUUCACCUACAAAAGGACAGGGAACUGGGAGAACCUCACCUCCCCGGGGCCCACCGUGGAGCCCGUGUGGAUCCAGCUGCUGUUCCAGGAGACCAACCCUGGUGUGCGGUACCAAUACACCAUCCAGCGCCCAGCCGACAGCGAGAACGAGAUCGAGCAGGCUGAGUUCCUCUGGCGCUUCGGCUCCUGGACUACGUGCACUGCCACGUGCGGGACUGGGGUGCAGCGGCAGGUCGUGCACUGCGUGGAGAAGCUGGCCGGCAUCGUGGAGGAGCGGUACUGCGACGCGCUUACCCGCCCCGACGACCAGCAAAGGACAUGCAGUGAGGAGCCCUGCCCGGCCAGGUGGUGGGUCGGUGAAUGGCAGAAAUGCUCAGCCACCUGCGGCCAGUCAGGACUGAUGAAGAGGACGGUGCUCUGCAUCCAGAGCGUGGGGCUGGACGAGCAGAGGGCCUUGCAGCAAGCAGACUGCCAGCACCUCUCCAAGCCAGAUGCCACCAUGCCCUGUCACCAGGAUGUCCCCUGUCCCUCCCAGUGGGCUGCAGGGAACUGGUCCGAGUGCUCUGUGACAUGUGGAAAUGGGACACGGCAGCGCCCUGUUUUCUGCAGCAACAGCACUGGGGCAGCCUGUGACCCUGCAGAAAGACCCAGCUCGGAAACUAUUUGCUCCUUGCCGCAGUGCCAGAAGAAAUUAGACAAUGCCAACACAGACUGGUCUGGCAGCGGGUCCUCCAGCAGAGAGAUAUUUAAUGAAAUCCAUUACAUCCCCAGCAACCACAUUGCUAAAUUUAACCCCUUAAUUCCAAAUAUUCCAGAGUCCAAUGAUGUCAAUAUCAUCACUGAGGAGGACUUCUCAGCCAGGAAGGGAAAUGUCUUUGUUGAUGAUUUUUACUAUGAUUAUAAUUUUAUCAACUUUCAUGAGGAUCUGUCUUACUAUCCCUUCACGGAGAAGGACACCAAAGGUGAGGAGCAUAAGCCAGAGCUGAACACCAAUGAUGUGGAGGGGCCCCGUGAGAUGCCUCCUGACGUCCUGCACACUGCCAGGCCAGGAGGAGGAGCGCCCGAGGACCAUCUGAGGACCAACAAAACAAACGCUUCUACUCCUGUGCAUGGUGAAGGAGAGACAGAGCCUGGGGGUUUAGCCAUGAAUGACCUCCUGAGCAUGGUCCCCAAGGAUGUGGGGACAACCCCUCCUAAAUUUGCCAGCCCGGAUUUCAUGGGUGAGGAGGAGGACGUGACACUUGUGCCCCGCUCCGAGGACCACACGCCCACCCAGAGCACCACGAGUCAUGACUCUGUAAGCAGCCCCGACCACCCGCCCCUGGAUGAAGCCUGGGGAGCUGUGCCGACGAGGGCUGGUCCUGGGCAGGAUACUCCAACCCGUGACCUCACUCCCUGGACUCCUUACCCAGCUGAUCCCUCCCCGCCGCUGCCCGCUGCCAGGGGCAGUGUGGGCACAGACAUGUCCGGCAGCGUGGGAGAGCCGGGGAGCCAUGGCGAGGGGCAUGCAAGCACAGAGGGGCCCGGUAACGCUGGCAGCGAGAAGCAUGAGGUGGUCGGGUCUGCGGGGAGAGGCCAGGGAGACUCAAGGGAAAGGAGUCUCAUCAUCACUAACGGUGCUUCCCCCAAGGCCAAGGAGCAGGAAGGGUGGUCAGAAAUGCCAGCACCAGAGGGGACGGCAGGCACACAUGCAGCACUGGUGGCCAAUGAGCAAGCCCAUGGGACAGAGAGGGCAGGUCUUUCCUUCCCCACCCUGUGGGGACUGGGGUGGGAGAUGGGAAGCAGGACUGGUGGUACUCAUCCUCCUGCCAGUCCCUAUCCCACGGGUGCUGAUGGGAGCUCCAUGGAGCAGGCAGAGCAUCCACCAGAGCUCCGCACCCCCACAUCCCUGAGCUCAUCCCCCUUGGGGGCCACUACAGCCUUUUCACCAGCAGUGCCCCUGUCCCUAGCCAUGUCCAGGCCAGCCACCCAGCUCACAUCCAGCAGCCUCACCCAGCAAGAUGCCCUGGCCCACAGCCCCCCCAUGCACCUGGCAGGAGCAUCGCCCUCUGAGUACCCCCCAGCGUGGUGGACUGUGGGGGUAUCCCACCCCCCAGCAUCGCCUCAUGCAGAGCCGACCUCCCGCGGGGUCCUGCUCAGCAGCACCAUGCCAGGGAGACGUUCACCAUGGGCAACCCCAGGGACAUUUGCUUUCAGCGAUGGGGAGCAUGAGUUAUCCCAGCCCACCCCCCCGCUACGCUGGGAGAUGGAAGAGACGGAGAAGGAGGAGGUUUGGAUUCUGCCGUCGGCCACCAUGGCAGCCACUGCAAUGCCCAGCUGGGAGGUCGGGAACUGGAGUGAGUGCUCGGCCACCUGCGGCGUGGGUGCGAUCUGGAGGACUGUGCGCUGCAGCACUGGCACCGAUGAUGGCUGCGCCGCUGCGAACAAACCUGUCCCCGCUCGGAGGUGUUUGCUGAGACCGUGCUCAUCCUGGCGCGUGGGGAACUGGAGCAAGUGCUCCAGGAGCUGCGGCGGGGGGGUGAAGGUUCGGGACGUGCACUGUGUCGACACCAGAGACCAGAGGCUGCUACGGCCCUUCCACUGCCAGGCUGUCCUCUACAAACCUCUGGCACAGCUCACCUGCCAGAGCAUGCCAUGCCUGGACUGGUACACAUCCUCCUGGAGAGAGUGCUCGGAGUCGUGCGGUGGCGGGGAGCAGGAGCGGCUGGUGACGUGCCCAGAGCUGGGCCGCUGUGAGGAGACAUCACGGCCCAAUGCCACCCGGCCCUGCAACACGCAUCCCUGCACCACCUGGGUGGUGGGCUCCUGGGGAGAGUGCACGGCCCCCUGUGGCGGGGGCAUCCAGCGGCGCCAGGUCAAGUGCAUCAACACCAAGACGGGGCUGGCUGAGGAGGACAGCAGCCUCUGUGACCACGAGCCCUGGCCAGAGAGCACCCAGAAGUGCAACCCACAGGACUGCGAGAGCUCUGAGUCAGGCUUUGUCUGCGAGCGCGACCGCUUGACAUUUGGCUUCUGCCAGACCCUGCGGGUCCUGGGAAGGUGCCACCUCCCGACGGUCUAUCUCCAGUGCUGCCGAAGCUGCCGCCAGCACAGGCACCGCGCGGUGCCUGACCGGGACCGCGGGGACGAGCGGGCCUCCAGAAGGUGACAGGACCGUCCCCAAGGGCGAGAAGUGCCAGGACCCGUGGUGGCUCCUCAGUGAAGGAGGAAUCUGGGUCACAACCAGGACUUGCGGCUCUGCCUCAUCCCAUGGCAGUGCCGGACAGUGCCGCCUGCGAGCCGCGUGGUGCUCUUACAAAACACAGGGAAGGCUUGAUUUCUUUUUUUUGUGCUACACUAUAACGGUGCUCAAACCAUCGGUCUGAAAAAUAAGGUCUUGCAUGGGCUGGGUGUGCAGGUCCUACCGGUCCCAGUGGAGAUUCCGGGGCAGCUGCGACCCUCUGUCGGGGUCAUGCUGCCACUGGGUGACCGGUGGGGAAACAUUUUGGGGAAGGGAAACCAAAAGCAGCAAUAAUGCAGGGGAGACCUCUCGGAAAUGCUUAUGGUGCUAUCAUUUGACAUUUUCAGCCUCUUAAUAGUGUUGGCUGGCCAGCACGAAACUCGACUUUUAUUAUAAUUUUUAUAUAUAUGAAGUGAGCAUCUAGCAUUCCAUCCAUACAGCCAACCCUUUGGGCUAGGUUUUGUUUUUUCCUUAAGGGACUUGAAGCUGACAACCCAUUUCUGUAAUUUUCACUAAAAUGUUUACGCACUGAAGCUAAACAGCUGUAAUUUAAGAAAGGGUGACAGGGCAGAGGAAUAAAUAUCAGCUUCAGUUACCCCCAUGAGUCCAGGGCUUGUGAAGGCUCCAUACUCUCGUCUCCCUGCUGCUGGCUUUCUCUGCCACAGCCAUUGCUUGAACCCCUCCGGAGCAGAGGGGAUGGUCAGGGACACCAAGGCACAAGCAAAAUGACACGUUGGGUUUGGAGUCCAACAGCACGUUCCCCUGCGUGUGUUUGUGAAGGAGAAGGGAAGCUGCUCUGGCCCUGGUGGCGAGCAGCACGUCCCUUUCACUGUCUCCUUCCUCGAGAGCAGCAAAGUACUUACCCGCCUGGAUUUCUGUAUGCAGAUACGGCGUAGCAGCUUAAUGGUUGAUUAAGGUGUUUUUCUGUGUUCUUACAAACUAAAAACCUUUUUUACUGCUUAUAUAGAUUCACCUCUGUUAAGUUUAGCUGAUUCUUUUAACUAGAAUAUCCAAUAUUGUACGAGGAGCAGCACUCAUCUGGCACAGCCCUUACCGCCCGGUCCAGGAGUGCCCUAUGUUAAUCCCUCCCUGAUUUAGGGAGGAUGUGCUGUUAGGUUGGUCCCUGAAGGAGGGUCAGGAGCAUUUAGGUAGGAAUUCCUUUCUAUAUUACUCUUGAGACUACGGAGGACACCCAGAAACUGGGAGAACGUGAAGGCAAUCCUACUUGCAUUGAACGGAGAAAGGCUUGAGCGCGUCGGCCACGCCAUGGGGUCACGCAGCCCAGGGCAUGUUUCUUCAUCACCUGUGCUGUCGGGAACAAUAUUGAGUCCCAUAACAGGGGAAAUUCCUGUGUGUAAUUUGUAUGUAAAACACAAGCCAUGACUUCAUCAUCUGUGUUUUAUUCCUUUCCAAUGUGGUGUAAAUUUUUAUGUUUCAAGAGACUGUGUUCAGUCCUGUUUUCCUUCUCACCAGCGUCAUCCAUCCCAUGCUGCCAUCGUGCUCCCAGGUUUU